AUGGCCUCAGUCGCAGUAUCAACACCCCUCAAGUCCCACAAGGGACUGUUCUCCUCCCGUACCGCUGGCGGACGGAUGCCCCUGACGCCCUCGCCCCGCCAACGCGCAAACACCACCACUGUCCCCGUCAAGAACUCUUCUCCCUUCACCCCUGAGAGACAGUCCGGGCGCGAGGUGUCUCGUCCAUCUAAGUCAGUAUACGGAGGAAACCUGUCUUCGCACUUUGCCAAGUCCAGCUCAAGAACAUCCCACCGUGAUUCUCCCAAGUCCAACAUCGCGCGUGGUGUUGCCACCCCCCGGAAGGCUCUUGAGCUCGGUGUGUCAGACUUCACUCUCGUAGGCACCGGAAACACCAAGACUCCCGCCAGUGCCAAGUCCAAGAAGGCGCCUCUGCGACAGAAGACCAACAAGACCACCCUCACCUAUGCCGCGGACCGCUUCAUCCCCAACCGCAGCAACAGCUCUGCCAUUGCCAACGUCGGAUCCGGAAAGUUGGACGCCCAUGACAAGCAGCGCCCCAAGAGCAGCGGUACCGAAGCUUCAACUGUCCUAUCUUCCGCCACUGACGAUGCUAUCGCUGCCCUGGAAGGCCUCAGCAUCAACGACGACGAGGCCACAUCUUACUCGCGUCCCUCGCCCAACACCGUAGCAUACCAAGACUCUCUUGCCAAUGCUUGCGGCGUCAACCUGAACACGCGCAUCCUCCAGUUCAAGCCAGCCCCUCCCGAGUCAUCCAAGCCCAUCGACCUCCGCCAGCAGUACAACCGCCCCCUGAAGCAGGCUAGCUCCAGCUCGGCACAAUUCAGACGCCGCAUUGCCACGGCACCCGAGCGAGUUCUCGACGCUCCGGGUCUGAUCGAUGACUACUACUUGAACCUCCUUGACUGGAGUUCAAACAACCAGGUUGCCAUCGGUCUCGAGCGCAACGUCUACGUCUGGUCUGCGGAUGAAGGCUCUGUCAGCUGCCUGCUGGAGUCUAGCCCCGAUACCUACAUCAGCAGCGUUAAGUGGUCUGAUGAUGGAGCGUACGUUGGUGUCGGUCUCGGUUCUGGUGAGGUCCAGAUCUGGGACGUUGCCGAAGGCAUGAAGAUCCGCAGCAUGUUCGGCCACGACACGCGCGUUGGUGUCAUGGGCUGGAACAAGCACAUCCUAUCCACUGGCGCCCGAAGUGGCCUUGUCUACAACCACGAUGUCCGCAUCGCCGAACACAAGGUCGCCGAGCUGGUUUCUCACACCUCGGAGGUGUGCGGACUCGAAUGGCGCUCCGACGGUGCUCAACUGGCCACCGGUGGCAACGACAACCUGGUCUCAAUCUGGGAUGCACGAUCGCUCGCUGUCCCCAAGUUCACCAAGACCAACCACAAGGCCGCCGUCAAGGCCCUCUCGUGGUGCCCGUGGAACAUGAACCUGCUCGCCACCGGUGGUGGUUCCUACGACCGUCACAUCCACUUCUGGAACACCACCUCAGGCGCCCGCGUCAACAGUAUCGACACCGGCUCCCAGGUCACCAGUCUGCGCUGGAGCACCAGUUACCGCGAGAUCGUCAGCUCAAGUGGAUUCCCCGACAACUCUCUCAGCAUCUGGAGCUACCCCACGCUGGUCCGCAACGUGGAGAUCCCAGCCCACGAGAGCCGAGUUCUCCACAGCUGUCUCAGCCCCGAUGGACAAAUGCUCGCAACUGCAGCUGCCGACGAAAGCUUGAAGUUCUGGAAGGUCUUUGAGAAGAAGGCCGGCGCUGCUGCGGGCGUUGGUGCUAGCGGCUCCUCAGGCAAAGCGGAGAUGGCCAAGCAAAUGACCAUCCGAUAG